AUGUACGCUGAACACGGUCGAUUCAACCGACCGCAGAAGAAAGAUAUUCUUGAGACCACUACCUGCAGAAAGGUGCACCGGAAUACAGUUCCAUGGACGCUCACCCUUCUCAACGCCAUUUUUGCUGCUCUCACGAUAUAUCUUAGUCUGAGAUAUGAGCCUCGAUGCCCUGGAGAACUUUCUGACAAAAGAUAUCACAACGCUGGAUUGAAUCCCGCCCUCAAAGCAACUUCAAUCUACUCGCCUCUGUUCGACGAAAUCGACCUGUCUCUCCAACCCCACAAACUCGACGGCUCCUUCAAAAACACCUCCUCCAUCUUCCGCCAAGCUCCCUCCCCAGAAGUCGACGCAGCCUGGGACUUCUUCUCCGGCUCAAUCUUCACCACCACAUCCUUCGCCCUCGCCGAAAGCCAAAAACGCCCCGAAACCGCAGUCAAAGCCCCAGAAUCCUGGGGUCGAGGCGACGACGCAUACAUCUUCCAGCUGGACGUAUUCCAUCAGAUCCAUUGCCUGAAUUGGCUUCGCAAAGAUCUGAAUUGGGAGUACUACUGGGGCGACGAGAGACCUUCGCAGUGGUGGUUGGAUCAUCGGGCGCAUUGUAUUCAUAUCCUGUUGCAGACGCUCAUGUGCCAUGCUGAUCUUGAUAUCGUACCGUAUAAUUGGGUCCCAAGACAUGGCCAAGGACCGGAGCUGGUGCCUGACCCAGACUUCAAUGUCGUGAAGAUGUGCCGGAACUUCGAAGCAGUGGUGGCGUGGGCGGAGACGAACCAAGUAGAAGAUGCGCAAGAGAAACGGAAGCAUUUAAAGGCUCCUAUUGAUGCUGUUGCUUCAGAGUGGCCUUACUAG